AUGGCUUCUGAUCUCACUGCUCCGAAACCCUUUUCACCUUUGAUGCGACAUUCUGACAAAGAGAGAUGGAUAUGCAUUUAUCCAGUUUAUUUAAAUAGUCGUGUUACGCGGGCGAAGGGGCGCAAGGUUUCUAUGGAGCAAGGCGUCGACAAUCCCAAGCAUACCGAAAUCUGCGCCAUAUUACAGAACAUGGGACUUCAGCACUUAGCUGAAAAUAAGGUUCAUUCUCGUGAGAGGGAUCCUGCGGAAACGCAAAACCGCUGGCGCGUUAGGGUACAGCUGAAGAACGAUGAUGGGUCCCCUUGCAUGCCAGAGUAG